AUGGUUAAACAGCUCCUCGUCGUCUUUGGUGCCACAGGAAACCAAGGCGGCUCCGUUGCCUGCGCUGUGCUUGACGACCCUGAACUCUCCAAGCGCUACGCCGUCCGCGCUGUCACACGUGACACUUCCACUAUCAAAGCGCAAGAACUCAAGUUGCGCGGCGCAGACGUUGUCUCAGCCGACAUGGACGACCCCUACUCGCUCCCCACCGCACUACAAGACGCAAACUUUGUCUUUGCUGUCACUGCCACGUCCUACGACGGCAACACGCGUGCCAUCGAAACGCGGCAGGCCACCGCCCUCAUCGACGAAGCCGUCGCGCAGGGCGCCUCCUACAUCAUCUGGUCGUCCAUGUCAAACCCCGCCAAGGCCAGCGGCGGCAAGCUCACGCACGUUGACAGCUUUGACGUCAAAGCUGAAAUCGAAACAUACCUGCGCAAACAACCCGUCAAAUCCGCGUUCUUCGCGCCAGGCACCUUCAUGCAAAACUUCACGUCGACGAUGGCGCCGCGGCCGAACCCCGCUGGUGACGGGACCUAUGUUUUAGCUAACCUACUACGGCCCGAGUCACGGCAGCCGCUCAUCGACAUCACCGACGCUGGAGCGUGGGUGUCUGCGAUCCUGGCGGACCCGGAUAAGUACGAGGGCAAGUUCUUCGCUGCCGCCGAGAGGAUGUAUAGUCAGGCGGAGAUUGUGGAGGUGUUGAGCCGCGUGAGUGGGAAGACGGUGAGGCAUGUGCAGGUCGAGGAUGAGGUGUAUAAGGGAUUUUUGCCCGAGGCGGUCAGGGACAUGCUGUUUGAUAUGUAUUUGUGGAUCAGGGACUACGGGUAUUAUGGGGAGGGGACGGAGAACGAUGUCCAGUGGGCGAGGGAGCAGGCUAAGGGGAGGUUGACGAGCUUGGAGGAGUUUUUGAGGAAGAUUGGGUGGGGGUUGGAAUGA